AGCGUAUUUAGCUCAUAAGGAGAUCCGAAGCCACCUUUAGCUAGGUCGAAACAGUUUUCCGUUCCGGUCGGAAAAUCAAUUUCAGUUCGUGUUGUUCUCACUCGAACUGCACGUGGGAAAUAAAGAUAACUCCGGAAGGCUAGAUAUCUGUUUUCGUUUCACCCCUCAAAAUAUCGGUUAUCACCUCUGUUAUCGUCUCACUCCAUGUAUUUUCUAGAAUAAACAGUAAGAGUAUUAUUUUAUACCUAAAUAAUAAGUGAAGUGAAUAUUAUAAUUAGUCAGUUUUUGACAAGAUAUGAUCUGGUACAAAAUAUGUACCAAUGAGCAGUUUUUUCAAUUCUUUCAUAAAAGCGGGUGCUAGUACUGAUGGUCAAGGCUGGUCAAAUGGACCUCAAGGUGAAUCUUCUAAUAAUAUACGGUUCAGUAUUCAACCAUUACCGGGUGAUACAGGUUUUUCCCAAUGGGUGAGUGCAAUGAAAAUGGUCGCUCAAUUGCAUGGAGGAAUUCCUCCAGAAUUUAGGAAGAGACUAUGGUUACAAUUAGCUGAUAGACAUUUGGUUGCCAAAGGAGUAGAUUGGUCCAAAAUUGAAAGAACAUAUUUCAGUGACUGGUCUCAUGCCGCGGAUUCCGAUCUUGGUGUUCAAAUAGUAAAAGACUUACAUAGAACCGGAUGCAGUUUAUUUUGUGGUAAAGAUGGGCAAGAGAAUCAGGUUUUAUUAAAAAGAGUUCUUUUGGCAUAUGCUAGAUGGAAUAAAGCUGUUGGUUACUGCCAAGGAUUUAAUAUGCUUGCAGCUUUAAUCCUACAAGUCACCGAAAAAAAUGAGAGCGAUGCUUUGAAACUUAUGAUCUAUCUUAUAGAAGGCGUUCUACCAGAUUCUUAUUUCGCUGACAGUUUAAGAGGAUUGUCAGUGGAUAUGGCGGUGUUUAGAGAACUAUUAGCGUCUCGACAUCCACGUCUUUCUAAACAUUUAGAUAAUUUACAAAAUGCUGCAAAAGAUGGCAGUAGAAGUUAUGAGCCUCCCCUCACAAACGUGUUUACGAUGCAAUGGUUCCUCACUCUUUUUUGCAACUGUUUACCUCAACCUACUGUUCUUCGUGUUUGGGAUCUUAUUCUCUUAGAAGGCAAUGAAAUACUUCUUCGUACAGCUUUGGCAAUAUGGCAACUAUUAGCCGAAAGAAUACUAAGCGUGCGUAGUGCUGAUGAAUUUUAUUGUAUGAUGGGGGCUUUGACGAGGGAACUCCUCGAAGAUGAAUUGGUAGAUGAAAAUGUCCUCAUUAAAUCAGUAGUAGCCAUCAGACCUCUUAUAGAACUAAACACUCUUAGGGAACAUUAUUUAUACAACUUGAACCCGUGGGGUAACACAAUACCCCAAUCAGUAGACAAACAACUGAAACUACAUCCUAAACAAAACAUCGCUUUAGAUAUCAGUGGCUUGAAAAUGCAAUAUACCAAAUUAAAACAAAGACAGAGGCAGGCUCAUAUAAUUUUUUCUGCAGCAAUAUCUAGACCUACUCCACCUGUAACGAUGAACCAUUUGUUAAUAGGUAAAAAUUCCCUAAUGCCAGCAAAAAGAAUCGGACCGCCAAAAUACGUUAUUCCUCCCGUCAGAAAAGUUACACCAAGUACUUUACAUUGGAAAGAUGCUCCCAAACAAUCUUCUAGCUCUAGUUCUAGCGAUACAGAACUUUGCGAUGAAGAAUCGGAUUCUUUAUCGUCUGAAGAUGAUGCUACUAAACCAAGUCAAUUCGACAAUCUUACCCUCGAUAGUGAUACCAGCCUUAUGAUAAAAGACAAUACAAGUGCCAUCUUAGAUUUAGAUAAUCAUAAAAAAGACACUCAUGAAUUUGAAAAUAGUGUAAUUUUAUUUAAGUCAGAAACUGAAGAUGAUAGCUUCAAUUUCGAACAAUUUUUGUCCGACAGUCCUAAGCCUACAGAAGAAGACACUAAAAGUGCCACCUUAGAUUUAGAUAAUCAGAAAAAAGACACUCAUGAAUUUGAAAAUAGUGUAAUUUUAUUUAAGUCGGAAACUGAAGAUGAUAGCUUCAAUUUCGAACAAUUUUUGUCCGACGGUCUUAAACCUACAGAACAAGACUCCGAGGAAAAAGUUAAUUUGGUUCGUAGAAACAGCAACAGAGCAAUGCAAAUUAUUCAAGAAAAUUCUUUAAUUCUACACAGGAUACUGCAAUGUCAGUCUCGUUUGUCUCCAUCGCCACCUUUAUUAGAGCCAGUAGAAUCCACUUUAGAAACACAUUUGCCAGCGUUAUAUAAAGAUGUAUCAUUCAUUGAAGGCAACGAUGAUAAUCAAUCAUUAAUUGAAACAAUAUCUCCUAUUUUGGAUAGCAGUGUAGAUUUAAAAUGUCCCGAAUAUGGAUCAAAAUAUAGCAAUAUACUUGAAAAGAGUAAAAGUUUGGAUGAAAAAUACCACGCACUUAUUUUGAACAACCCUACGACGAAACCAUUUGGACAGUUGACAACAGAAAUUAAAAAUGAAAAUUAUCAAUCAAAAUAUAUAGAUACUAAAACAAAUAGUAGUAAAGAAAAUGAUAACGAAUCAAAACUUUCGCAUAAUAAACCUACAUUGAUUUUGGAAUCUGGUGAUUUUACAAUAAUUAAUCAAGAACCUUUAAAUGAUGUAGACAAUAUUCAAUCUAAAUAUUUCAAAUUAAGUGAACCUGAAAGGUUAUUGAGUAAAGGAUGGGAUCAAACAACCAGUAUUAAAGUUGAUAACCAAUGCACGAGCUUGGAAACAAUCAAAAAAUUGGAAAGCCCUUCCACUGAUAAGGAAAAAAUAAUAAACAUUGAUUUGAAAGAAAAUAAUUUAGAGUUAAACAGUGAUACAUUUAAUAUUUAUAUGUAUAAUGAUCACCAAAAUUAUAAUUCUAGAAUAGAAGCUUGUUUUGAACAGGAAGGUUUAGAAAAUGUUGCUGAUAAUAAGAUUAAUGAAUACAAUUUUGAAAUAGAAAUGUUACAGAAUAAAGAACUAGAAGGAUUUAACAAUAGACCUUCUGAUACAGAAAAGUUCAAUACAGAAAUCGGUUCAAUACAACCUUAUAGUAAAACUAACGAUAAAAAUGAAGUUUCUGGUCUACAAAUGUAUAGCAGCAAUGACGAAAUUCCGAAUAAGUACACAUUUUCAAACCUGGAUCAUAAAUUUGAAAUAAACUGGGCUGAAAAACCACAAGACACUCUCGUAGAUAAUAGCUCCAAAUUACUUGAAGUGUCGUCACCUUUAGAAACAACCAUUUCCUCUACUUGUUAUAAUUAUUUUAAUAAUAGCGAUUCAAAUUCGAAAAAUAAUAAGGAUAAUGAAGAGAUCGUCGGACAUAAAUAUACAGAAACUUGUGAUAAUAAAAGAAACGUUACUACUAAUCCUCUCAACUUAGAAUUAGAACCAUCUAUAAGCUCAACUAUAAAAUCUUAUAAGUGUUUGCCAAAAUCUCCACUUUCUCCAUAAUAUUUUUCUGGUGCCUUUGGCUUGAAGGCAAAUUAAAAAAAUGAAAGCUGAAGUAAAGUCUUAACCUAAUUUUUAAUAGUAGUGAAUUAUUAGUCAUCUUUGAUGGCGAGAGCAGACAUUUCGAAACAUGCGGCUGGCUACAGCUUAAAGAUUGAUUGCACAUUAGGGAGCUUAAAAAUACAGUCCAGAUGAACCACCAGGUGGCGCUGCUAAGUGUCGCCAAAGAGCGACCAUAACUGCCUAUAUUCCGUUCUCGGUUAACCUGAUCGGCAAAUUAUUAGAUUCCGAAAUCUGGUUGGUAUACAGACAUAUUGACAUAUCUAUGGCCAAAUCCACCGAUAUUUUCUUGUAUUAACAAAAAUAUUUUGUUGUAUUAAAGAAAUACAUUUUGGUACCCAUAGCACUUCCGAGCCUUUCGCGGAUUAAUUCUUGAACAUCGCUCGAGUCAGAUAGUAAUAUUAAUAACAUUAUUAUAUUCGCUGGAUAAUGGUAACUGAAAAACUCCCAAAAAUGAGUUACUAUAGUCUUCGUUGCAUAAGUCGCUAUGUUCUCUUAAUGUUUGUAAUAAUUAUAAAAUGGCCAAACUUGUAAGCAUUGUUAUUAUGAUGGGCCCUUAUUUAUUUAUAAAUAUUUCAUUCACAUUAUUAAUAAUUUUAUUUCCAUUUAAACGAUUCUUUGACCUAUUUUCGUUCGUAUUUAAAAAAUGAAAUGAAUAUUAGGAAAAAUGCAAUAACAAUAAAUCAAAAAAAAAUUAUUUCUAAUUUUGACAUAUAACAUGACAUUUUUUGUAAUCGAAGCAAGGGUCAAAAUGAUCUACUUUUCGAAACCAGUUUCACAAUAUUCAACAUUAUGCAACUGGUUUUAAAAUCAAUAAUAUACAUUAUAAUACUUAUGUAUAAAAAGUAAGGUAGAUAAUAAUAAAAGUUUAUUAUUAUUUAUUUAUUUUUAAUUUAAAAUAUAGAAGGCGGGGCAAAUUUGACUUGAAAAAUUCUCUGUACACCAGAAAUGACAAUUUAUUUAUUUUUUUUUUGUUAAAAAAAAAUAGGAGUAGGCUAUUAAAAGUGUUAAGAAUUUAAGAAGGAUGAUAACAAGUCCUAGUUUCUUAAAUUAAAUUAGGCGAUAUCGUGUAUUUUGACAAAUCUGUCCCACAGUGGGGUAGAUUGGACUUUGUAAAAUAUUGAAUGGGGCAGCUUUGACACAUUGUACAAUUUGAAAGAAAAAUAAGACAGACCUAUUUUAUGGUGUUAGCCCCCAGCAGGUCCAACGAAUUGCUUAUGAAUAUGUAACAAGUAACAAUAUAAAGCACAAUUUUAGUCAUUUAUCCAAAAUGGUAGGAAAGGACUGGUUUUAUGCAUUUUUAAGGAGGAAUCCUACGAUAAGUGUUCGGAAGCCGGAAGCAACCAGCAUUAAUAGGAUAACCGCCUUUAAUCGAGAAGAGGUAGCAAAAUUCUACAAAAAUUUGGAAGGAGUAAUGUCUAAAACUCAAUAUCUGCCAAACCAAAUAUACAAUGUCGACGAACUGGAAUAUCAACCGUUCAAGAUCCUGGUACCAUUGUCGCGACCAAAGGAAAAAACGUAUUGGUUCUGUAACAAGCUGGGAAAGAGGCAAGACCAUUACAGUUAUCUGCUGCAUGAAUGCAGCUGGGAGCUAUAUACCUCCAUUUUUUAUCUUUCCUCGGAAGAGGACGUCUCCGCUUUUGGCAAAAGGUGGACCUCCAUGUGCUGCUUAUAAAUGUUCGCCCAAUGGCGGGUCAAAUGAACAGUUAUUUUACGAGUGGAUUAAACACUUCAUAACAUAUUCGAAAUGCAGCAAAGAGAACCCUGCUUUAUUAGUAUUAGAUAAUCAUAGCAAACCAUUACUCAAAAAAUGCGACGGGGCAGUUUUGACACGUGUCAAAACUACCCCUUCAUCAAAUGGAAAAUCUACCCCACCACCUCAUUUUAGGAAUUUUCAGUUAUAAGCUAAAACUCAAAUUAGGCAUUCCAAACAAAAUGGCUGACCGUUUAAACUGACAGACCAGUGACAGACACAUGACAUGUUAUAAUAUAGCAACACUGGUUUGAUAGGGUCAAUAAUAUAGACAGUUAUAUAGAUGGAUCAUUCACGAAUUAAAAAAUAAACAUAAGCUUAUGCUUAUUUUUUUUUUAAAUAUCCAAAGGCUGCAAAUUGGUUUUAAAACACAUUUUUUUCUAAACCGAUUCAAAUUAGGCAAUAUGGCCGUCCGCAAAUGACCCGCUUUGAGGAAUCUAUAUAACUAUAUAUGUGUAUCAUUGACCCUGUUAAUGACAACAUGACAACAGGGUUGCCGCAUCUAAACUGUCAGAUUCCACUGGUAGCCAUUUGGACAGGUCGUUGGAAUGUCUAAUUGCUUACACUCCGAUUUGACAAAAAAUUACGGUAAAUAGUCUAGUUAUAUAAUAAUAAAAAAUGUGUAAACGUUAACGUUAAUUUAUUUUAACUCACCUUAAUUUACAAAUUCACAAAAACUACCACAAACCGUCCGUUACAAACCACAAAUUUGAAUUGAACAUUGAUAUAUGCUGAUAAAUAUGUAAGACAGACUGUCAGUGAUCAAAGUUUAAGCCAGAAUUCACAAAUUGUCAAAUAUACCCCGCUGUCAAUUGUGCCCCGCUUUCCCCUAUACGUGAGAUUUAAAAAUAGAAUAGAAAGGCUCAGGUCAGUUUUGUAAACUAAUAAAGAUAAUUAAAUUCUGUAAAAGCCAAUUUCUACAGUUAUAAAAAUAUAUAUUUUUUUAUCAUGUAACCACUAGAUAGAGAGCUGUUCUGAAUAUUGUAACACAAAAAAAACUACGUCGAUAUGCUUUAAUAAUAAAUAUUUGAAGAAUGGAGGUACAUCAGGCAUUGCCUUACUUGGGAAUACCCCCUCCGCUUUUUUUUAAACUGCGCAUGUGCGGCAAUAGCUUUGAAGUUGGCUGACCUACCGUACGUCAACUGUAAUCUGUCAACAGUGUUGUUUAGUAAAAUGGCGAUAUUUCAUAGAAUUCGUAAAUUGACAACGCUCUAUACCUUAGCCCAUGUUUGAACAUUGAACUAUUAGUUACUUGACUAUCUUUAAUUCUUCAGUAUUAUUUAUUAGAAAACUAUUUGGUGUGUGAGAAUGAUUUCAUUCGCUCCUUUAUACCUAAUACUGCGUCUUUACAUUCGAACAUUGUAGUUAUAUCAUCACGUGGUCAUCUAGUUUGUUAAAGGUAACAUUUGGGAAGGCGAGACCGAGACAGGCGACAAGCAAAUAGCAGCAAGCAGCAAAUACUGCCGUGGUAAAACUGCUUUCGUCUCUCAUGCAUAGGUCGCGAUGUCCCAAAUAUUUUUCAUAUAGUUAAAUGUGUUCACAUUUCGGUCUCCUUCUGCGGUCGCAUGACGCCUGUCGCUUGCUUCGGUCUCGCGAUCCUAAAUGAUACCUUAAUUGUUAAUGAUUGGUGUUCUAAAAAUAUAAUUUAUUGAUAUAGAAAAAAUGGGCCCAGAGCAAUGCAGCAGUUCUAUGAGAAAUUACAUAAUUUUGCAAAUUUCAACUUUAUAGAGAGUUAACAGAUUUGAUGGGUAAAAUUAUUUUGUCUUGUGAAAGUGAAAUACGUAAUGUAAUAAAUUAAAAAAUUAAUAAGUCUCUAAACGUAUAUGCCAAGCGCUUUGAUUAUAGGUUAGGAUUCCAUGUUCUAAAUAUUAUGAAUGAUACAUGCAUUCCGUCGAAUACUAGUCAUUCCAAACAAAAUGGCUACCAGUGGGUUUGGACAGGGAACAUUAUGGCAACCCUGUAGCCUGGUGAUUUGACUGGGUCAAUGAUAUAUAUAGUUAUAUAGAUUGGCCAUCUAUAUUUUUUAAAUAGACUUAAGCUUAUGCCUUGAAGUAACAAUGUAGAUAAUGGCCACUCGCAAACGACCUGCUUUAAGCUAUCUGUAUAAUAAUAUAUGUAUUAUUGUCCCUGUCAAUGACAACAGGCCACAGGGUUGCCAUAUCUAAACUGACAGUUCCCACUUGUUAGCAUUUUGACAGGUCAUUGGAAUGCCUAAAAUACCCGAACAUUCCCAGAAGGCGCUUAUACAUAUACAGAGAACAAAGGAUAAUGAUUGUUUUUGUUUGGUGCUACAUUUAGCCUUUAUAAAGGUCAUAAUUAUUUAACCAUAAUUUUCAAUAUUUGUAAAUAAGAUAACCCCUUAUCAUGGUUGGAAAAUUAAACUGAAAGGAGGAUAAGUUAUUUUUUAUCCCACACCAACAGAAAACUUAUAGGGCCAUUUUCUUACGAAAUAAAGAAACUUUUAUUUGUACAGAGAGAGCUCAGAGCUCCAUGUUCAAGUGACAAAAAUGUUCCUGACAUUUUUAAUUGAAAUAUUCCAUAUAUUUUUAAAUUUUUAGAUUGCUACUUUAGUGGUCUUUACUCUAAUAGGUACUUUGUUUUAACUAAGUUUGCUGUGUUACAAAAACAAAACAUUGUGUACUUACCUUUGAACUUUCAAAAUUUUUACUUUUUGCAAAAACUUUACCAAUAUAAAGUGUGAUUCACAAAAAAUAUUUCUAAAGUACCUAUGCUAUGAGCGAAAACGACGAGUCAUUUGCGUGAUAAUUGCGCACUGCUCUAAAUAAAUCCAAACUGACACUAAAAAAAAAGAAAAAUUGUACGCUCUGAUAUGCGUGAAUAUUUGCAAGGCCUACUUUGGAAUCAUUUUUGUGAAUCAAUCAUUAUUACAAUCAAUUCAAGGUAUUGCAUAGUAAUUAUUUCUCAACACAUUUAUUAGGUGUUAAAGUAGAACUCUUAUCUUUAAUUUCCACAAUCGUUUACCUAUGUUACAUGUAUAUUUAUAUGCGCUUUCAGCGAAUGCGAAGAAGAUAAAUAUGUGAUAAUGUUCUGCUACUUUCGCGUUGGUGUCAUUUACUAUCAUCUUCUUUCUACUUAUAAAAGUUAUAAUUAAAAUACUAACUUUCUUAUGAAAUUUAAUUUUCACAUUAGUCGUGAAAAUAAUUUUUGUUAGGUAUGUUUGUAAAUAUGUAUCCAUAAUGUUCAAAUAAUAAUUUAGGAACUUUCGAAAUGAAUCGUUGGGUGUUGCGCUUUGUUUAUGUCGUUAAAUAGGUAUUAUCUGGUCUCUGUAAAUUGUAUUUUGUGAUAUACCUAGUGAAUAUUAGAACAUUGUAAAAUGCCUUUAUAAAUUUAAAAG